AUGCCAACCGAAGAGCCCCCCUCCGACGCCUCCCGCGCCCACUCCGCAACAACCGACCCCUCCGCCCCACCCACACGGGCCCCGACCGGCCACACCAAACUCUCCAGCUUCCGCAACAACCUCGCCAUGUCGCGCGCAGGAAGCCGGAUGAAUCUCUCUGAACCUCGCGGUGCAGGAGGCGUCCCGCAGAGCGCGCGCACGGUUGCGGAUGCGCCUGUGAACGCGGUGAUGUUUGAGAACACGUUUAAGUUGAAGCCGGAUCGGAAGUUUCAGAGCGAGACGGUCCGCCGCAUCGCGGCGGAGAUCCUGCAGCGAAACUUGACGAAACAGAAGUAUGAAAGCGGGAAGUCGCCCAUAUUUGCGCAGAGUAUCUCAAAUGAGAUUCUGGGGGCGGUUAAGAAACUGGACUAUGAGCGCUACAAGAUCAUGGUAGACGUAACCAUCGGUGAGUUUAAAGGACAGGGGAUCCAGGUUGCGUCGCGCGCGGUGUGGGAUACGACAACAGACUCGUAUGCUUCGGCGCGUCGUUCAAGAACGUAUGCAACGAUCUUUGCAGUUGCGAUUGUGUUUGGGUGCUAUUUUGAGUAA